AUGCGUGACCUUCACUGUGGCCUGUCCAAGGCUGGGGCCGAGGUUUAUCUGCCGAACUUCGUGGCGCGGCAAUUCGGCUUGAUCCAAACGGCACCGCUUCCUCCGUUGUCAACCAACCGGCUCUCGUCUUGGAGGGCCGACGUCACCCAGCAGCACGGCGUGGCUGGCAUUUCCUUCCAACUCUAA